AUCAGCUGCGUCAUUACAUGGCGAAGACACGUAUAUCCGGUACACUUACUUUCUCCGUUUUUUAAACGCAGUUUUUUGUACACACAAUAUCAGACAACUCAAAUCCACGAGUAACAUUUUGCAGUGGAGUUUUUGGUACUGCAGAAAAUUAAAUGCUUCGUGGGGUCUCCCAUCAACAGUCAGCUUAACCACCCCCACGGAGAGCUCACUCAGUGGGCUGGAAUCUUCAGCGGAGAAACACGAUCAGCGAGGAGAAUGGAAGUGGACUGCCAGCCCGAGGACUCUAUGGCGUCAGCAUUCGAAGACGACUGUGUGGUGCUCUGCGACGUUAAGGACAUGAGACUGGAGGCGGAAGCAGUGGUCAACGAUGUCCUUUUCGCUGUGACCCAAAUGCAGGUGUCCAAAAACCUCAGCAGUACAUCAGAAGUGGCCUAUAUAAAUGUGGAAACUAGAGAGGGGAACCGCUAUUGUCUGGAGCUCACAGAAGCAGGACUGAGGGUGGUGGGCUAUGCUUUUAACCAAGUGGACGAGGACCUCGACACUCAGUAUCACGAGACAGUUUACUCAUUACUGGACACGCUGAGUCCAGGCUACAGGGAAGCCUUCGGGAACGCUUUGCUUCAGCGGCUAGAAAGCCUCAAGCAAAAUGGACAGUGAUUGUGCCAACAAAGCUGCAAACAUGUUUGGUCACAUCCAAUAAUAUAGAAUGGAAUGCCCACCUACCACUUGCUAUAAUAAGGGGUGCUAUCCCUAUCACCUCUGCUUUGUUGCAUAUCAUCAAAUGACUUUGCGGUAGUUCAUUCCUGACUGGUUGCUUGGGCUCGAUUGCAACAUUCUGCUGUUGACUUUGCUGCGGAAAAAUAUUCCAGCUUCUCAUGCUGCGUAUUUGUAACCGUGCACAAGAUGUCUGCACCUUUUAUACUAAUUGCAUUGCAAAUCUGACACAUAGACUGUGCCGAAGCUGUGACUUGGUGACUGACAUCUGUUCAACUUCCCAAAAUAGUUUAAGGGCCAAAGCUGAAAUACUUCCUUGUUCUACAAAUAUUCUGCCUUAAUGACUGUUUGGUUAGAGAAGUACAACAUACCUCUUUAUCUACUUUAUUUGAAAAAGAAAAGACAUUUCAAGUUCUAAUCUAGUCUGAAGCUGAUCUGCAUAGCACAAUGCAUUGAAUGACCACAAUUUGGCUUUUGUUGGUGAAAUUUGCUUAACUACAGUGGAUUUUUUUUGGUUUUAAGUUUCAAAGUUCAAGCCAACCUUUGUAGUGCUGAGUCAGGAUGUUGCAUUUUUUUCUGUCAUUCCUUGCUGCUGGCCUUUCUGCAGACCAAUAAAGUUUCAGAAUGAUGUGUUUGUGUGUAAUAAACCAGCGAUGAAAGUGUGGUCGGAAUAAAACAUUUUAAAGUCAUUUAACAUUUUAUUGGCAUUUCAGUUAUAUUCACAAAAGGACAUUGUUUUUAUUUUCAUAUUUCAUUUGUACGUUCACGUCUGAAAUCAAAGUUAGUAAGAAAUUACAAAAGUGUUAGCAUCAAAAAAUGUUUGCUGUGUAAAUUCAGACUACAUAGCAGCCAGUAAGACAUUUGCACCGUAAUGGGAUGUAGCUCCUGAAUUAGAGUUGUUAUAAUAUAACGGUUUACUGCAUGUUUGUUCAUGGCCACAACUUGAAACAGACUGGGUGCGGUGCAGUCAAACAUGGCAAAGAUGUGAAUCUUAAAAUCUAUUUGAUGAGUGAAUAAAACAAGGACUUAGGUGUAGAAUCAUUUACAGUUACUUUUUACGAGUCAUAUUCCCUUAAUAGAAAAAAAAAAAACAAACCCCGAAGCCGUGCAGAUCACCUAGUCGACAAUCUGAACUGGGAACUUGAUGCAGAAUAAAUCUUUGUCACUGUCGUCUCUCAGUUCCCACUCCACUACCAGCUUUAUCUAGAAGUUGAGGAUGGAGAAAAUAGCGAUGUGAAACUGGUGCACUUUUUGAAACAUGAAAAGUAAAACAAAAAAGAGAAACGAAAGAGGUACUGCCUAGUUUCAGAGAAGUCUCCAGUCAAAAAGAAAAGUGGCACAUGGUCAUUGCCCCCUAAAGAUCUGGAGUGGAAUAGUAUAGAGUGCAACAUUUUGCUGGCAAGAUUGUGCCAAACUACCGUACUGAUUUUUUUGUGCAUGGAUCCAGAGCUAAAAAACUGUAGCUACAGAUUCUGGAUUUCUUAAAAGGCACUUGUUAACAUUGCAAGUUUUUCAACAUUUCCUUCAGUUUGUCCACAAAUUAU